CAAAGCUCGGUAGCUCCCUCUGCUCUCAUGCAGUCAUGCUCGCCGCGCCCGCCUUUCUUCAACCCCACCAAGAGUCUGCUCUGCUGCCCCGCCGCGCCGGCCAUCCCAUUUCAAAACCUACCUCAGCUCCUCUACUCACACAGCUAAGCUAAGGUAAGGCAACCAACCAUGCCUCCUCGUUGGACAUCAUGCCUCCUCCUCCUGCUACUCCACCUCGCCGCCGGUGCCGGUGACGCCGACGCUGAAGCUCUGCUCACCCUCAAGUCCUCCCUCGACCGCCUCCCGUGGCGCCCCGACACUGCGCCCACCUUCUGCUCCUCCUGGCCCGGCGUGCGCCAGUGCGCCCGCGGGGCCCGCGUCACCAAGCUCGUCCUCGAGGGCCUCAACCUCACCGGCUCCCUCACCGCCACACUCCUCGCGCCGCUCGCCGAGCUGCGCGUCCUCAGCCUCAAGUCCAACGCCCUCACCGGCCCCAUCCCGGACGCCCUCCCCCGCGCGCUCCCCAACCUCAAGCUGCUCUACCUCGCCGACAACCGCCUCCAGGGCCGCAUCCCCGCCAGCCUCGUCCUGCUGCACCGCGCCACCGUCAUCGUGCUCUCCGGCAACCGACUGACAGGCGAGAUCCCGGGCUCCUUCGCCGCCGUGCCCCGCCUCACCUCGCUGCUCCUCGACGGGAACCUGCUCACCGGCGCAAUCCCGCCGUUGGCGCAGCGCACGCUCCGGCUGCUCGACGUCUCCGGCAACCGCCUGUCCGGCGAGAUCCCGGCCGUGCUCGCGAAGUUCAACGCGUCGUCCUUCCUCCCCAAUGCGGGGCUCUGUGGGCCGCCACUCAGCAUUCGAUGCCUCUCCGUGGCCGCGGGUCCGAGCCCCAUGGUGGCAUUCGCGCCCCUGCCUCCGCCCCGGUCCAAGAGCCGGCGCGGCAAGAACGCCGCCAUCGUGGCCGGGGCGACGGUGGCAGGAGCGGUGGUGCUGGGCAUCCUGGCGGCGGCGGCGCUCAUGGCGUCGCGGCGCGGUAGGAACAAGCGCGUCGCCGGCGACGUGGACAAGGGCGGCGGCGCGGCAAUGCCAGCGCCGGAGGAGGAGCAACAGCCACAGCCACAGCCACAGACACAUGAUACAUCGGCGGCGGCGGGCGGCGGUCGGGAGUUCUCGUGGGAGCGCGAGGGGAUCGGGAAGCUGGUGUUCUGCGGCGGCGUGGCGGAGAUGUACAGCCUUGAGGAGCUGCUGCGCGCGUCGGCGGAGACGCUGGGGCGCGGCGAGGUGGGAAGCACGUACAAGGCGGUGAUGGAGACGGGGUUCAUCGUGACGGUGAAGCGCAUGCGGGAGCCGUUGGCGGGAGGGGAGUUGGGGCGGCGCGCGGAGGAGCUGGGCAGGGUGCGGCAUCCCAACGUGGUGGCGCUGAGGGCCUACUUCCAGGCCAAGGAGGAGCGGCUGCUCGUGUACGAUUACUACCCCAACGGCAGCCUCUUCUCCCUCCUGCACCUGCACGGAUCGCGGCCGUCCAGCAAGGGGAAGCCGCUGCACUGGACGUCAUGCAUGAAGAUCGCGGAGGACGUCGUGGCGGGGCUGCUGCACCUCCACCAGUCGCCUUCGCCCAAUGGCGGUGGCAUCGUCCAUGGCAACCUCAAGCCCUCCAACGUCCUCCUCGGCCCCGAUUUCGAGUCCUGCCUCACCGACUACGGCCUCGUCCCCACGCUGCUCCCCUCCAACGCUGACUCCUCCUCCUCCACGUCCCUCUUCUACCGGGCCCCUGAGGUACGCGCUGCCCACGCCUUCACGCCGGCGUCCGACGUCUACAGCUUCGGGGUGCUCCUCCUGGAGCUACUCACGGGCAGGACCCCGUUCCAGGACCUCGUGGAGCUGCACGGCGACGACAUACCCAGCUGGGUCCGCGCGGUGCGCGAGGAGGAGAGGGAGACCGACUCCGUGCCCGCCGGUGCCGGCGGCGCGGAGGAGAAGCUCACCGCAUUGGUCGGCAUCGCUGCGGCGUGCGUUGCCGCGGACCCGGCCAGGCGGCCGACCACACCCGAAGUGCUCCGCAUGGUGAGAGAGGCGAGGGCCGAGGCCAUGUCGUCGUCCAACAGCAGCGACCGGUCACCUGCGCGGUGGUCGGACGCGGUGCUGGGCCUGCCGCGGGAUCAGCAGGCCACAGAGAGAGAGAGAGCUUCACGGACAGGGACUGACUGCACUGCACUGCGGCAGCCAGCAGGCGAUUGGGAUUGUUGGAACAGCUAGCCCACUUCUUUUUUUUCCCUUUAGGCAGGCUACAAGAUACUCCAGAUUGUCAUUUAUUUGCAAGUUGAGUGAUCAUGUAAGCUGGAUUUGUAAAUCUUUUUUUCCCUGAAUUUGCGCUGUUUUUCAUCAGGGAUAAAAAGAUUGUUUUCAGUGCAGCCGAAGGCAAGCUGCCAGUGUUUGUGAUUUGAUUAGUUAACUGUUGC